UCCAAAUAGGCAGAAAGACUGAAACAGACUCUCUCUCACUUCACCGUUUCCUUUCACUUCUCUCCGACUUGCGAGCCGAGCGAAUCCCAUUGUCUUCCAAAAAUGCUUCGCCACUUCACUACCCGCCUCCUCUCUCGAUCCAUCAAAUUCCGGCCGUUCUCCACCGACGUCGCGGCGGCCUCGGCUGCUGAUGACGCCUUUGUUAAAGCCUGGAGGAGUACGAUCCCUAAUUUGGAACCACCCAAGACCCCUCUUUCCUUCAUGCAGCCUCGGCCACCUGCUCCUUCCACCUUGCCGUCUAAGCUCACUGUCAAUCUUGUCCUUCCGUACUCUUCCGAGUUCUCCAACAAAGAGGUUGACAUGGUUAUUAUACCUGCAACAACCGGUCAGAUGGGCAUUCUUCCCGGACAUGUGUCUACCAUUGCAGAGCUGAAACCUGGUCUUUUGUCCGUCCAUGAGGAAAAUGGUGUGAAGAAGUAUUUUGUUAGCGGUGGCUUUGCUUUCAUUCAUGCGAACUCCUUUGCAGAUAUCAUUGCAGUGGAGGCAGUGCCAAUUGACCAACUCGACUCUGCCUCGGCGCAAAAGGGGCUUGCUGAGUUCACCCAGAAGCUGAGUUCAGCCUCUACUGAUCUGGAGAGGGCUGAAGCCCAAAUUGGGGUUGAUGUGUAUAGUGCUAUUAAUUCUGCUCUCUCAGGGUAGCUAGUGGCGUGGAGUUAUCAUCUCUCGGCAUGAACAGUAGCUUACAUUUAUCUUUGUUGACAUAUCUGAGAUGCAAAUUAGAUCAGUUAAUGGAAGAAACAACUUUUGCGGCAUAGACUGUGUGAAAAGAGUCUCACAAGAUGUGGGCUUCUUUUGAAAGUUAAGCAUCAUCAGAAGGGUCCUGACGGACUCAUCUGAGGGCUUAUAUUCUCUUGACUUCUGCUAAGUUAAUAUGAAACUCAAGUAAAAUAUUCAUAAUUGUAGUUGAGCUUUACGUCAGCUCUGUUGAUUGUCCCUUCCAUCUACUACAUCCUGUUCUUUGGGAACUGGAUAGUUCUGCAGUU